AUGCUUGCAUCAUGGCGACCUGAUCCAGAGGCUACACAUAUUGACGCAUUUAGCAUUGACUUGUCUAAAUUUUUCUUUUAUGCAUUUCCACCAUUCAGUCUAGUUGCACAAUGUCUACAGAAAGUGGAAUGGGAUCAAGCAGAAGGAAUAAUAGUGGUGUCGAAUUGGCCAACACAACCCUGGUUUUCCAAACUGAUGCAGCUGUUAACAGAGACUCCUUGGAUCAUACCGAAGAGCAAAACAACACUGCAGCUACCAUGGGACGUACACAGGGUUCAUCCUCCUCUGCACAGCGAUCUGACGCUUCUUGCUGCAGCAACAAGUAUUAUUGUCAGCUCCUGGAGACCCAGUUCUGGAAACCUAUACCAAAGCUACAUUAACAGAUGGAAGACAUACUGUGGUAAGAGGCAGAUUGAUUUCAUUUGACCUCCUAUAGGAGUAGUGCUUGACUUUUUUGUCCAGUUAUAUGAAAAUGGUGCAGGUUACAGUACUAUGAACACAGCAAGAUCUGCACUUUCAUGUUUCGUUGCACCAAUAGACAAUUAUCCAUUGGGUGCUCACCCUACAGUUAGACGAUUUUUGAAAGGUGUUUUUCAGCUGCGGCCAGCGACACCUCGAUAUCACAAUAUGUGGGAUGUCCAAGAUGUGCUACAUCAUUUAAAGACAUUGGUCCCCGUAACAGAUAUCACCUUGAAAGAUUUAACGCUGAAGUUGACUAUGCUAUAAUUGCACUAGUAUCGGCUCAGAGGCAUCAAUCUAUUCAAUUGUUAAAUAUUGACUAUAUGGUCAAAGAUGACACUUCUUACGUGUUUACUAUAAAAGACCAUAUAAAACAGUCAAGACCUGGAUAUACGCCACCACGUAUAGAAUUAAAGGCAUUCCCACACAAUCCCAACAUUUGUGUUGGUUUCAACAUUAAACAAAUACAUGAACAGAACUGUUGCAUAUCGAGGUGA